UCGGCCUGCGGACACAGCUGAAUGAAUCUCGCGCUCCGCUACAGCUUGAAUAGAGAACUGUUCGCAAUACAGGAGAACAAGAAGAACGUUGUGGUGAUUCGUUUUGUAUUUUUCUUUUUAGAACCCUAAUUAAAAACAUUAGAAACGCACUGAUUGGAUGAAAAUGUUGCGAGUAAGUUGAUUGUUAAAACUAGCGGAUUUUCGCGAUUCGUGGCACUUUUUCGUCGUUAGUUUUCUUGUGUCCAGCAAAAUAAGGUGUAUAACAUUGCGUGUGUGUAACCUUACGCGUCCUUGAUUGAAUGUUUGUUUGCGUGAUGAAGAGAAGUUAGCUAAAAAUUAAAUUCUAAAUAUUGAAAAUAGUGAAUAAUAAAAUCGUCAUAAAUUGAAAUCGAGUCAACAAAAGGGUCUUGCAUGCUAAAAACAGUUGAAGGAGGGGAAACAAAAUGGAAGAGUCACAACAGCUGCAGUUUUCAUUACGUCAAAAUCUAAGUGAUAUUGGUAAUAAUAACAAACAAUUAAAAGAUAGUUCUUUACCAAACGCAUCUGGACACGAUGGUAGCGGUCACUUGGUUGAUAGUGGCUAUAAUUCAUACCAAUCGUUCAAUGCCUCGUCAUCCGUCGUUCGAUCGGGGCUGGCCACGAUCGAAGAAGAUAAUGAAGGAGAUUCCAGUUUCGAAGAUUUGCGAGAUUCCGAACCACUGAAAAUUAGUAAUAUGUUGACACCUACAACGGCUGCAAGCAUUGAACAAAUAUCGAACUUUCACCUGACCACACCAAACAGCACUGUCAAAAGAAUAAUUGCAAAACGAAUUCCUUUGGCCCGCAAGCCUACGUGCCAAAAUCUGUUUGUUCAACGUACUCCAGAAAAAAGUGAUUUAGAGAAUGUGCUUGAAUUGGACGGAACACCCAUUCGUUCGGGUAGAAAAUCUGCGAUGGAAAUUUCGACACCGCGAAAGAAUAAAACUUCGGCUAAACGCAAGCUGAAUAGUUUUCGAGGAAAGCUAUAUUCGGAUGGAGAUAUGGAAAAGGUUCACCCAUUCCCGAGAAAUGUCGAAUCAUCACUGGAGGAAGAAUGCAAAAAAUUAGAUCAGGAGGAUAUUUCCCCAAUUUUUCACAGUAAGCGCCGCAGAAAUUCAGUUAUUGAUGAUUUUAUGCGUUCAAGCACACCGAAGACGGCUAGUUUUAAGAGUAGCUUCCAUGUUGAAGCGCGAGAAAACAUAAACUGGGAGGCGCUUAAGCAAGGCAAAGCAAUGGUUGCUGCACGUAAACCACUGACGCUGCGUAAGUUUCAAAGUUUUAGUCCAAGUAAGAUGCACAGUUAUCGGAAGCGAGACAAUAUUUUACAAGAGAAACUGAUGAAUAACAUUAACAGACCUCCGCUCCAAAGACAGUGUGCUUUUCAAGAAUCUUCCCCAUUAAAACUUCCUAUUAGCCAGGACAAACAGUCCUCGGGAGUUCCACUAAAGCAAAAUGUUGAUUCAUCUGUACCUGGGAAUAAACCAGUCUCUGUGAAUAGCGUGAACAUUGCCACAUUAUUAGAUGCACCAUUGAUAGAGCAGCAAGCAUCAGAUGAUAAUUUGAAGGUAACCGACUUGGAUCAGGAAAUAUCACAGCUCCCGUCGUUUGAAGAUUUUAGUUUCACUCCCAGUAAGACAAGUUACUCCAAAUUAGAAUUGCCGGAAAACGAUUCUGUUAUUCGUGAAGCUCUAGCCUGUAAUCAUGGAAAAUCAGUGACAUCGAUUCUGGAAAUUGAAUCUCCUAAAUUUUCCGUAUCAAGCAUUCCCAGAACGCCCACUUCGGCGAACAAAUCUCGAAAAUUAAAGCGGCUAUCCUCACGCAGUUUAAGCUCAGUGAAAAAAGAUAAACCACACAGCAAACCAACAUCGCCUAAACAUAGAACCGAGCCUACUAUUCCGGGAAGAUACCGACGCUCGUAUGAGGGUGUUGAACGGUUGGAUAUUCUCAAAAGUCUCAAUGAACACAACAAGUAUGCUCUGGAUGUUGUUCUAGAUUAUCUGACCGACAGUGAUCUGGUUGAGGUAGUAGCGGUUUCCCGUGGAUGGCGUUCCAUUAUAAAAACGCACCGUCGCGUUAACCGAAGAUUGCGGGAUUUUUUGAGCCGCACAUCGCACACAAAGGAGAACCUCAAUCGUACUGGUUCAGUUUCACGAGACUUCAGUGUACAGUCGUCAGCUAAAUCCAUAUCCACAAGCUUUGAGAAGGACAAGGAUACGAUACCUCAGCCGGUGCAGCUGAUCCGUCAACCUUUCAGCUUGUGUAACUCCGUCGAUGGCAGCUUUUCUGCAAUGGAACUGAAACGUUCGAAUUCUGUGCAAAAAUCGCCGCCGGUCAGUCCGUCCAAAAGAAAGUUUCGCGAAAAUCAAAAGAUUGCUUCGCACCUCAAAAAAUCGGAAAGACUGAAAAUAUGUCCACGUUGUGAAAAGCCAAGUCGCGUGGUUCAGAGUAAAUCCUCCAUCAAAACUGCGUUGACUAGUGCUACGACAAACCUGAGCUCAACGACUGCCAAGUUGGAGAAAUCAUACACGCUACCAGAUGCUAGCUACAACGAUUCCGCCAAUCUCGAUACUGUCGACAGUCCCGUGUCGCCGAACAGCUCGGAUCGAAUCCGUAGGAACCUAUUCUCCACCAGUUUGCUACCGAGGUCCUGUUCGAUGGACACUCGCAGCACUCCGGUUAGCCAGGCGAUCCGGCGACGUAAUUCCGUCGAUACAAGUAUGGAGUUUUCUGGUUCGCUGCUAGAACGUAAGUCACGAAAAGGCAACCGCCAUCGACGUGGUGACGAGUCCCAGUGUGAUUAUGCGGUAUGCAGUGGCAAAAGCUGCGGGUUUGUAUUUUGUAUCAAAUGUUUGUGUGAAUUUCACCCGAACUCGGUGUGCAAAGAUUUAGCGCCGAAUUCGCCCAGCAAGGAGGAGGAGUCAACCCAUAACGUUGCAUGUAGUAAACAAAGCCGUCGGUCACUGCUAAGACUGCGGAAAUAAUUUCUUUCGGUUCAUUUAUCGCUGCUGAGGGAAAUUUCAAUUUACAAAACGGUAUUUUUAUUAAUGUUUUAAACAGUGAAAGUUAUUUAUUACUAUCCUUUAGGUUUAUAAGUGUACACGUUCCAGUUUCCUACUUCAUUACCUGUGCUUGUAUUUUUUUUGUAUGCUUUUAAUUUUAAUGUGUUUACUUUAGAUCAAAUGUGAGAUUGUACUGAUUUUGAUUUUUACAUGAAGCACGGUUUUUUCCAAUGAAGAAACAAAUAAACAACAGGUGUCCCUGCGAAGCAAACUUUAUCCCAGUACUGCUGAAUAGCGACUCGAAUAAGACUAAUAAAUGAUUUAAUUUCGUCAGACUCAUUGUGGUUAGUUCUUCCAAAAAUAAAAAAAAUAAAUGUUUAUUUCUUCAUCGUGAUUGUGCAAAAUCGAUCGACAUUGCGGAAAUACAGCAUAGUAUACAAGUUGUGAGUUUGUACUCUCUAAAUAAAUAGCACUGAGUUGAAUGAGUUAAUAAGUGAGCAGAAUACCAUGACAAAAAAGACAAAUCAUUCCGAAUGCUACCUCGUUAAUCAGCUGAUAGUAGACAGCGCUGGAAGGCUGAUACUUAAAUGUUAGAUGUACGCAUGUGUACUACAUCACUGCAACUCAACUAGGAUAAAAUUUGUAGGAAUUGAUUUUUUAAGCUUCAUAAUAAAUUUUGUUGAAUAAAUUGCUUACUGUUAUGCAUUACAUAUUGAUGACAUCUUGUUCCACUGUAAGUUAUGAUUUUCAUUUCUUUUCAUACAUUCAAAGGAUUCAUUAAAAAGAAUAAAUACACAUGAGAUAUCUAGGUUAAAGUUAAGUUUCAAACUUCUCCGGUGUCGUUCGUGCACGGAACAGUGCCGGCACUGAACCAUUUCGGAACGGUAGGAAUAGUCCUUAAUGUGGGUAGAACUUAAUUCUGCUGUUCGGUAAAGAUUCUUCAUGUGAUGUGAUGUGAUGUGAUGUGAAGUGAAGCCACCAUCAGUUCAAGGACUUGCCAGUGGAUGCGGGUAGACUUACAGUAGCCUCGAUAUGACUCAUCCAUUCACCUUCUUACUAUAGCUGUUACCGAAAAGCGAACAAAACGGGUUGGACGGAUAUGUAAGUAGAGUCACUUACUCGUAUUCCGCGGGAAUAAAAUAUGCUCUUCCAACCAUAAUAUCCAGUGCAUGGAUGAAGCAUAUCGCUAUACAUGCUUGAACCCGCCUGAUGGUUUGUUU